UAAAACCCUAAACCCUAAUCUCCAACCACAUGCCUCUCUCUAUAAAUUUGCUAAAACCCUACUUACUUACAAUUGUCUCCAAAAUCUUCUUCUGCACCCAAAGGUUUAAAAGUAAUUAUGGCGAAAAAUCCAAAGGUUUUCUUUGACAUAUUGAUUGGCAAGGCCAAGGCUGGGAGAGUUGUGAUGGAACUGUUUAAAGAUAAGACUCCUAAAACUGCUGAAAAUUUCCGUGCUCUCUGCACUGGUGAAAAAGGGAUUGGGCAGUUAGGGAAGCCCUUACAUUACAAAGGCUCGGUAUUUCAUCGUAUCAUUCCACACUUCAUGUGCCAGGGUGGAGAUUUCACCAAAGGAAAUGGGACUGGAGGAGAAUCGAUAUAUGGUGCAAAAUUUGCUGAUGAGGACUUCAGUGUGAUGCAUACUACACCCGGCCUUCUUUCAAUGGCAAAUGCUGGACCAAACACCAAUGGAUCUCAGUUCUUUAUCACCACAGUACCAACGCCUUGGCUUGAUGGGAAACACGUUGUAUUUGGCAAAGUUGUAGACGGCUAUAGUGUUGUCAAGGAAAUGGAAAAUGUGGGUUCAGAUAGUGGGAAAACAUCAUGCACUGUCUCCAUUGAAGAUUGUGGGGAGCUAAAGGAGAACUAAGUGAGGAGAUAAUGUAGUUUUUGAGCAACAUAUCAUGGUACUGGAGUUUUACUCACCUAGGCUGUGUAAAGAUCUUAUAUGCAGGUUUUUUUUGACGAGCUGCUAUUAUUUGUAGAUGUUUGCAAAGUUAUGUAGUUUCAUUCAAUAAUCGGUGCAAUGACAUUGUAUUUUGCUUCUUACCUUGGUCUAAUUCCCUUCACUUGGGAUUAUACUCUAGAUUAUGUUCAAUAAAAUUGAAGGAGCCUUUCCUUGAUUUCCCCA